AUGCUUUCCAGCACCCUCAUUACGAGCCUCAUCCUGGGUCUUUCCCAGCUAAUCACCGGCAGCGCCCUGCCCUCAACCCAAGCCGCCUCAGCCCCAUCAUCCGGCUUCAUCAUCAGCCACGCAGCCUCGGACUACUUCCCCGACUCCAAGGGCGACCUCAGCGCCUUCGACGUGGACGUCCGCUACGUGGGCUACUCCACCGACACCGAGGCCUGGCUCACAAGCCUCAACCCGCACUCCGCAAGCACAGACGAAGAAAAAGCGCGGAUGCUAACCGAAGCCGCAUACGCGAAGAAAUACGACUCGAGCGACGCAGACAUGGCCGGCGACGUCGAGUCGUUGCUUGCGCACGUUGCGGGGAACAACACCGUUGCCAACAAGGGCAUUUCGAAGCGGUCGAGCUUCUCGACUAGCGCUGCACAUGCUGUGCUGUGGAGUGCGUGUGGCACUGUCUUCUCUUGUAUCUCUGGUACGACUUGUCAGUUUGAUCAGCAGAUUGGGAAGGCACCGCGCAGUCAUUGCGAGCAGCAGGGUGGAUCGAAUUGCUGUAUUAGUUGGUCUACUUAUAACGUUCGUGUUGGGUUUUUCUCGACUACUUGGACCGCUUGUAAUCAGGAGGUCAAGGCUGAGGGGAAGACUAGUGCUUCUUGUGAGGGAUAUGGGAGUGGGGAUCAGGGUGGUGAUGUUUGUCUUAGCAAUCGUGCUGGUGGGUGUACCUAG